AUGGGGUUUCAAGGACGAGAACUGCUUGCGGAUUAUUCUUCCAAAGUGAAGUCGAUCCUUAGAUUUUUGACAAUGUCUUUGAAAAAUGAGUAUUCGAAAAUUCGAUAUGAUGCCAUUGUAGAAGAAUUGGAUGAUUUAGAACCCGAUAGCUCUUCUCAUUAUUCAGCCAAGGCUCAUACAUUCGAAGAUCCGACUGUAGCCGACUAUUAUCGGAAACUCUAUGAGAGUACAGAGUAUGAAGGAAGACACCAUUUCGAUCCCGAGUUCACAUGGGAACAUGAAGAAGAGCGCGAGUUGAUAAGAAAAACAGAUUACAAAGUCACUCUCCUAGCCUUUAUAUUAUUUGUUAGCUUGGAUAUUGACCGCGGUAAUUUGUCCAAUGCCCUCUCGAAUAACAUGCUAGAUGACCUGAAUUUAACUACAGAUGAUAUGAAUCUCGGCAGCGUAAUUAAUCUUCUUUCAUUUCUUUCCGUUGAACUUCCAUCUCAAGUACUUUCCAAAAGGUACGGACCGAAUAUUAGCAUUCCUGUACAGAUUUGUUUGUUUUCUAUCGUUGGUAUAUCUCAGGCAUUCCUCACGGGGAAGACCGGAUUCUUUAUUACCAGGUCUUUACUAGGAUUAUUACAGGGGUCAUUUAUUCCAAAUAUUUGCUUAUGGAUGUCUUACUUUUUUUCUGGAAAGGAACUUCCGACCAGGUUGAGUUACUUCUACAUUGCAAAUCCAUUCACAAGUGCAUUUUCCUCAUUGAUUGCUUAUUUCAUUUUGCAUUUAGACGGAGUAUGCGGGAUAAGUGGUUGGAGAUACAUAUUUGCUAUUGAGGGCGCCUUCACACUGGGAAUUGGUCUGUGGGCUUUUACGCAAAUGGUAUCCUCACCCGUUCAUACAAAAACAUGGUUUAACCCAAAGGGUUGGUAUACCUAUAGACAGGAAAAGAUCAUGGUGAACCGUAUUUUGAGAGAUGACCCAAGCAAGGGAGAUAUGAACUGUCAUGAAGCACUUAGUUUUGGUCAUCUGAAGAAAUCUCUCGCUGACUAUGAUAUCUGGCCCAUCUAUCUAGUUAGAUUUCUAAGUGACAUCAAUGUGAAGCCAAUUGCUAGAUACUUGUCACUGACUCUGCGAGAACUUGGAUUCACUACCCUAACGACAAAUUUACUUCUAAUACCGUCAUCAUUGGCAGGAAUUGUUACAAUGCUUGCAGUGGCUUAUUUAUCUGAGGGUAUAAACCAGAGAGGUUUGGUAAUCAUGUUAGGACCCUUAUGGUGUCUUCCAUGUCUAUUUUUAUUACGAUACUGGCCAGCAGCAAUGAUUGAAACUUGGCCAACAUACUUUAUCAUGAUUACGGCAUUAGCUCAUCCUGUUGGAACUGUGCUGACUGUAACCUGGUGCUCAAGCAAUGCUAGUUCAGUGAGCACCAGAGCGGUUUCUGCCGCAGUGGUUAAUAUGUUCUCUCAGAGUGCUGGGAUCUUUGCUGCACCUAUUUAUCGAUCGGACGAUUAUCCGCUAUACAAGCGAGGAAAUUCCACUUUAAUUGUUUACAAUAUACUGGCGGUAGUCGUCUGUAUUGCGGCAAAGCUAUACUAUAUGGCACGCAAUCGACACAAAGAGCGUUUAUGGAAUGCCAUGUCCUUAGAACAGCAGCAGGAGUAUCUUAAAACUACUCAAGACAGGGGGAACAAAAGACUAGAUUUUAGAUUUGUUCACUAG